UACCGGAGGUUAUGGCGUAUUUGAAUGGUAUUAUGUUUCCGCGUAUAUUUAACAUACAGAACCUUGUCACCAAGAGUUUGUCCUGUAUUCUUGCCGUAAGUUCUGGACUUCCUGUAGGAGCAGAGGGACCACUCAUUCACAUAGGCUCCCUUAUUGCUGCGGGGCUUCCAACGGGACGCAGCCGCACUUUGAGAUGCGGUGCAGGCUCAUUGCUUUCAACAUUUCGAAAUCCACGUGACAUGCGCGAUUUUAUAUCUGCAGGUGCGGCUUGUGGCAUGACAUCGGCCUUUUCUGCUCCCAUUGGUGGAAUGCUGUUUGUGAUGGAGGAAAUGGCGACCUUUUUCUCCGUCCGACUCGCGUGUUUUGUGUUUGUGUCAUGUCUUUCAUGCAUGUGUGUCAUCCAGAUCAUAAAUACCUAUUUAAUUGGUUGGCAGAUCCCAGUACGUCAGCCCGUGUCCAUAGGACCUGGUGAGUUUCGCCCCCAUGCAAUUUCCAUGUUUAUUGUAGACGUUGUGAAGGGAAAUCGUGUGCCGAUGAAUCUUUUCACUUUUGUUUCAACAAUGGUGGGAGCCAUUGUUCUUGGGCUUUUGGCCGUAUCGUAUACGGUCUCAAGUGUUAAGUUUACACGAUGGCGUUCAAAACGACUGUUCCCGAGUCCCUUACUUCGUGUGUUGGAGCCAUGUAUAUGUGCUCUUGUGUAUGCAACGGCAUGUUAUACGCUUCCUUUAGCCUUUGAUUGCGUUGAGGUGCCGGAUUACGUGAAGAAGCACAAGGAAGAACUUCGUAUUGAACUGUUCACAGCCUUUUGUGCGGAUCGUGAGAACACCUUUAGCCCUCUCGCUACACUUGCAUUGACCAGCCCGUACAAUGGCAUCCGUCUCUUGUUUUCCCGUCAUACGGCAGCGGCGACGCCAUGGUACGCAUGUCUACUGCACCUUUUGCUCUACACACUAGGUUCCAGUUACGCGGGUGGCAUGUUUAUCUCCUGCGGAACAGUCAUUCCGUCGCUCUUUAUUGGCGCCAUUGGAGGACGAUUGAUUGGCGUCAUUUUCAACAACAGUGUAUGGGCAGAUCCGGGUGUGAUUGCGUUGAUAGGAUCCGCUUCCUACUUCUCGGGCAUCUCACGUCUUUCCUUUUCUCUCAUAGUUAUUAUGAUGGAAUUGACCUCCGACCUGACACACAUCACGUGCCUCAUGGUUGGUGUGAUUCUGGCCAGGGCCGUGGCGGAUUGCUUUUGUCAUUCACUGUAUCACUCCCUGCUGGAGGUGAAGGCGGCGCCGUUUCUUGAGAUUCAGGCAGGUGUGCAUAAGCUGGACAUGUUUUGCGCAAAGGACAUCAUGACUUAUCCUGCCGUGACGUUCGAGAUGAUAGAAAAGAUGUCCCACAUAAUACAAAUACUUCAGUCCACUCCACACAACAGCUUUCCUGUCAUGUUGACAUCAAGUGGCACAUAUGAGGGUGUUAUUUCCCGCUCACAGUUGGAGCUUCUUUUGUGGUUUAUUUACUUUCGCGACGUGGAGGGGGAGGGAGGCAGCGAAAUUCAGAAAAUAUCAAAGAGCCGCACUUUAAACAGCGAUGUUCACAAGAAGAACAGGGGACUUCGGCAGGAGGGACGGAUGGCGGUGGAUGAUGAAAAUGACGGCGGUGAGAAGAAUGCCUCUACAAUUCCCCCCAAUGCCAACGGUAACGCGGAGGCCUCGAGGCAACGGCUUGAAAGACAAGGACACGCGACUUAUUUGGAGCUGGCGGAAGUGAGAGAGCGAAUCUUUUGGCGACGUCUUCCGUCUUUGCCACCGGUGGAACUUUUGCCGACGGCAACGAUGCAGUGCUACGUGGAUCUCUCCCCGUACGUGGAUCUGAACACUUACUACGUGCGGGAUGUGAUGUGCAUCUCGCGGACGUACCACAUCUUCCGCCACUUGGGGCUGCGGCAGUUGCCGGUGGUGGACCAAAAUCACCGCGUAAUUGGUGUCAUCUCGCGCAAAAAUUUUGUCGGUGAUCGAAUGCAUGAGCGGCUGCAGGUGGCCGAGGAGGCUGCGAAGCAGACCGCGCAUGAGAAGGCGCAGCAACUGUACAGGAAAGGCUUUUAG